GCCCAGUAGUAGGCCAUACCGCUCGGAAUGGCGUAGUGUUGUCGAGUCAGUGGUAGUACAGGAGUUCUCCUGGUGAUGUCAAAAUGCAGCCCCCACCUAGAAAGGUAAAGCAUACGACAGCUCUGAAGAAUAUUCAUGCCGAACAGGUGGCCAAGCUUCAGGCUAAACACCAGCAGGAAUGUGACUUACUGGAGGAUAUCAGAAAUUUUGCAAGACAACGAUCUAUCAUAGAAAAGGAAUAUGCACAGUCAUUGCUGAAGCUGACCACUGGUUUACUAAAGCGUGACUUCCCUGCCACGCCUGACCUGUCAACUGAUGAUGGACAGGAACACAGGUUCAGCCCAGGAAGAACGGCCCUUGGGGUAUGGCGAGUGAUUCUGGAGGAAACAGAAAGUCUGGCCAAAGCCAAACUGCAGGCGGCCGAGAUUUACACGGAGAAGAUAGCAGAACCAAUCAAACCUCUCCGGGCGAAUAAAAUACAAUGUCAGAAAAAGGUAAUGCCACAACUGACCACUGUGCACCAAGAGGUCAGUCAGAGUGUGAUGGAGAUGGCAAAGUCACAGAAAGGAUACAACCUUGACGAGAAUGUCUCUCACGAGGCACGUCUCAAAGCUGCAGACAGCAACGACAGAUUGGCGCGAAGGUCUACAGGAAUAUUCCAAUCUUUGACGAGUCUACAACAGAAAAGUGCUAAGCUGAACAGUAGAAGGGACAUGUGCGAGGCCAAGUCCUGUCAGUCUCGUAACGAAUAUGUGCUAAACAUGUCCGCGGCCAAUGCACAUCAGAUACGCUACUACAGCAUCGACCUUCCAGAGGUCAUGAAGACUCUGGAUGGAGAAAUGUUUGAACAAGUCAAGGAUUAUUUUGAUGUGCUAGGAUCCACGGCUCUAGAUGUCAGCUCUCGAGAGAAAGAUUCCUGUGAGAACAUCGUCUCCCAGGCAAAAAUGAUUGACCGCCAAUUUAAUCAUCAAUGUUUUCUCUACUGUAAUCACGUCUUCACAGACCUUACACAAUACCAUUUUGAACCCUGCCAAAACGAUGAGUGCAAUAAAGUAUCCAAGGCCCAUGACGCGGGGCUACAGCUGGACAAAGAGGCCCGCAAGUGGGCCACCAAGGCAGCAAAGGAAAGCAAGACCAUCAAAGAAUACACAGCCAACAUCAAGUCCCUACAGGAACAAUCCCAGGGGGACAAGCUCUCUGACUCAGGAAUGGACAUCAACUCUCAGCAGGAAGUAGAACAGAGGAUAGAAGAAGUGCGUUUUUGUCUCCGAAAGUCUGAGAUUGCUAAAUGUAAAGCCGAAGCCAGACUGGAAGCCCUCAGGCAAGCAGAAGUUAACGUGGACGAGUGGAUAGCCAGUGCCCAGGCAGAAAGUUUACGGGUGGAGGAAGAAGAAAUGUCGCGGACGCCCAGUCAGAUCUCACUGCGGACAGAGAGCUCAGGAGGGAAAAGUGACGACCAUGAGCCGACUUACACGCAUUAUGAUGAUGAUGAUGAUUUUAUUGACGACACGUUUGAAGUUAGCAAGCAUGACAGCAUCAGUUCCUACGGCAGCCAAACAAAGAGUGUCAAGUGUAGGGCCAUGUACGACUUCCAGGCUAGCAAUGCAGAUGAACUGGACAUGAAUGAAAACGACAUUUUAGAAAUAAUAUCGGAUGGUGAUGGAGAUGGAUGGCUAAGGGCGCGUAACUCUGACGGAAAAGUUGGUUACAUUCCCCAGAACUACAUUGAGGUUCAGGAGAACGGUGGUAUGGACCAAUCGGAUCAUGUCGACAACACAACCCCUGCAGAACCCACAGAGGGUGUGGAAAUACACCCUAUCCCUUCAUUCGACCUGCAGUCGCCGAAUGAUGCCACACAGGAAGUGACAUCAUACUCCUCAGGUGACAUUGAGGUCCAGAUGACAACCAAUCAGAUGUCUCCUGAUAAACUACCUGUGGCCCCGGAAGAGGGCAUAUGGGCCAGAGCAUUGUAUGACUAUGAAGCCAUGACUGACGAAGAAUUGUCGUUUACUGAAGGGACGCUAAUAAACAUUAUACGCAAAGAUGAAAAUGGUGUGGACGAUGGAUUCUGGGAAGGGGAGAUAAACGGCAAAUUUGGCGUAUUUCCAUCCCUGGUUGUAGAAGAAAUUGACACAAGUUUAGGGGGACUGAACCUGCUACCAUCACCGGAUGAUAGACUGGGCCCCCCUGAAUUUGUGCCCCCUCCUCCUGUCACUAUAACAGCUGCCACGCCCGAGACGGAGGACCUUCCCCGUGCCCUGCCUAACGGCACAGAUGGCGCCCCCGUAAGCAGUAGUCCACAGAAGACCACAGAACAGUAUUAUAGGCGUGUACGACAGAACAAGAGCCAAGGCCGCCACGCAUACAUUAACUCUCACUCUCCACAACCCCAACCCAGUGGCGGUCACGGCCCGCCCCACAGUCGAGGUGUAGUCUCCGCCGCACGAGUAAGUGGCCACGUACCGGCACAGGUGUGUGUCUCCCGCCAGGUGGGUGGCAGCCAGCUGGCUUACAUGGACUAUGACGAUGAGGAGGGGGAGGUGUCGAUUGUAUGACCCUUACCCGCUGUAGUGCCCCACCCCAGGGGACAAAACUUUGAAUCCAUAGUAAAUGUUGGACCAGGAUUGGCUUGUGUAUCGUGUUCAGAAUGAUAUUAUGACAAUGAGUGUGGUAGUUUAAUGACGCUAUGACAUAUUACAUUUAGACUCCAAAGGUCACACUGACAUGUGUGUUCUUUGGGGUCAAAGUUCAUUACAGCAUGUGAUCUUUUUGAUCAAAUGACACUGUUACUUUGUAGAUUGAAUGGUCAUAUAUAUGACUGCAUGUCCUUUUUUUUAUAGGUCAAAUGCAAUGCAUUAAAGCAUUUGACCUUUUACAAUAAUAUACAGCUUACACUGUGUCCCUUUGAAGUCAAGCCAAAGACAACAGCUGAGUUAUAAGUGAAGUGUAUGGAAAGUUUAAUUCAUGGUGCUUUAAUUAUCAUGUGUAACAUCUGAAGUGGAAAGGAUAUAGCACAGUGUAUAUGUAGGCUCAGACUGAAUUACAUUAGAGCUUGCUCAGAACAAAAUGUAGUACCUGUAAGUUUGAAAGUACCUGUCUGGGUUAUCUGUUCAGGUGAGUUAAAGUCUCAAUCAUCAAAAUUUUUGGCCUCUUUGAAUUCUCUAUAAUAUGAAAAUGAAUUAAUGCAGAUAGGAUAAACAAGAUUUUUUUCCAGUAUUUAAAUCAUUCCAGAAUAAUUAGAACAAUCUCUGUAAUAUGAAUAGUCAGAAUCACAAUGAGGAGCCAGGAAAUCUGGGGCAAGCUUUUCAAAGCUUGACCAACUUAACACAAUAAUCUAAAAUAUUUGAAAAAGGAUAAAAUUAAAAUUAAAAUGUUGUGUGUAGCAAUCAAAAUGAUCUUCUGGAGGCAAGAAACACAAAUUAUAUGCAAAUGUUCAGACUUUUCUCAAAAACAGUGUCCCCUACCUAAUGAAGGUAUCACCCAUAUUUUGAUAUUAUCACGUAUGUAUUGUUUGUAUCACCUACUGUUAAUUAGAUAUUACUUACCUAUCCAGGUACCCCAGUCAAAUUCAUAUAUAACAACUCUGAUGUGAAAUAUAGAACAAACAGCUGCCAAUCCACUGUGUCAGGGGUCACAGUUCAAAAGGCCAUACAACUCUAGUCAAUGCUGAUGGCAUUUAUCUAAGUUUUGAAUAUUUUUGCAUGUAAGUUUCCUUUAAACUUGACACCACCCAUUAACAUGUACAGAGCACUCCGGCAUGGCAAGGCACCUAAUAGUUAUGCCAUAUUUCACUCAAUGUAAAUGAAUACACAGGAUAUUUGCUGUUUACUGUGAGACAAUUUAUUCACUGCAAUUUAUUAAAAUUUAUUCCGUUUUCCCAAGUUUGCAUUUGAACAGUAUAACAUCAUAUUUAUUUAACUCCUGGUUUUCUUGUUGUAGUUGAACAAAAAGGAUGGUUUCGUCAAAAAAGGGGGCCACGAUUAAAUGUUGAUUAAUAGGAAAAAUUUGAUCUGUAUUGUUACGAAAAACAUCUUGUUUAAGCCAGAUCUUCAUUCUGGUGACAAAAUCUCUGGUAAACAUAAAGGGUUGUUUCAUCCGUAAAGAGGGCCACCAAAGUGUACAUAACUUAGUAAUAUUUAUACUGAAGACAAAAUGGAUCUAUAAAGACAAGCUGAAAUCUAACAUCAUUGAAGGGAUGUCAAUCAUCCUUAUGUUUAUGUUCUAUUAUAAAAAGGAUCUGGGAAAUUUUGUUUUACCUUUAGGUAUUUUAGAUCUGAAAAUUAAUUAUUGACAUAAGUGCUGAUAUUUAUUUCCACAGUUGUAUUUACAUUGUUUUUCUGUUUGCUGAACAUUUUUCUUUCUUGCAUUUAUUUUUUAUUUAUCAAAUUUGCAAUCGUUAAGUGGAUUUCAGAAAUUAAACAUUGUUCACUGGUCCAACCGGAGAUCAUUUCUGAAAUUGUAAUGUUUCAUUAUAUUCAUUUUACAAUAUUAUGUACUUGAUACAGCUUUUCAAAUAAUAUGAUAAUGUGAGAUUCCCUACCUAUAUAGUUCUAUAUGCUGAGGCCUGAUGCGGAAUAGAGAUCUGGAAAGUUUUAUUUCCAAGACAGUCAUGUUAACGUCAUUAUGCACUCCAUUAUGCAAUAUUUAAUAUUUAAUCAGUUCUUUAGUUAUUUAUAAAUAUUGAAUGAAAAAUUGUAUAUAGGAAUUUUUAUUGUAUAUAGUUUAGUUUUAAUAUAAUCUGUACAAUAAUCAUUCCAUAGCUGUACAUGUUACAUGACCCUGUAAAUCAGGGUUAUUUAUUGUUCUGACUGAAAAACCCUGUUUGUUUGGCCAACUUCGGAUUGUCACUGACUGGGUUUAGCUAGAAAAAAAGGAGCAGUUUCAUAAAAGAAUGUGUUAGGAGAUGUAUUUUGUGAGUUAUUUGUUGAAAACGUCAUUGUUAGAUUUCUUUCGGUAGGAAGGAUUGAACUACAUUUUAAAUACAAAAACUAUUCAAACUUUUUGCCAAAAAUAUUUUUCCUUUUUCUCAAAAUGGACCGAGAACUAUGAGAUUAACGGGUAAAGGGAAUAUGCUACAGUUGAUAGUAAAUUCAAGACACCGACAGAUUCUCUUAUUUCCUCAAAUUUUCCCUUAAUGAAUGACACAAAUUCUACACAACUUAAAAUGUAGAUUCUGAUUUUAUCAAAGAAAUUACAAAUAAUAAAAAGUCAGAUACUUGAAUUAGGAUGGUGAAAAUUGAAAAAGAGAUUUGAGUCUUGUUGUGUAUUAGUGCAGUGCAUUGUAGUAUAGAUUGUUUGAGAUCGGUUAUCUCCCCUUACACCGUGUGUAUAAUGGGAGCUACCUCCCCUUAAUCUUUGACUCAUCCUUGUCGUGUUAUAGCAUUCAAUAUCGCCUCCAUUUCAUUGUUUCCCAUUGAGCUUUGGAUCUGGUAUAUCAUUAUUCUAUAAUGGAGAGAUGUUGGUCAUUUUUCUAGAGAACUGUAUGGUUAGUUCCAUUUUAUGAUUAUUUCCAAAUUUUGAAUAUUUUUGUUGAAAUUCCUUCAUUUUCAAACUCAAUCAAUUAAUUGGAUUUCAAGAAUGCACAAAAGUGGUUGAACAUCAUGCUAUCUUUCAUUAGGUGAUCUGAUUCCUCAACUCUAAGAUCUGACUCUGUAGGGCUCCCAAAUCCUUCGGGAUGGUCCGACUCGACUUUAUAACCACAUACGUGCCAAAUAAUGUGUUUAACUUAUCAUGACUUUAAUUGUGUUUGGUGCUUUUUAUUUAAUUCAUGUAUCUUUUAGUGUAGUUGUGUCAGUGUGUUCAUUAUCAUGAAUUAUCUCCCCUUGGUAAUGAAAUCAAAUUGAAAUUUCAAGUGUUAUGAAUCAUCUGGUAGAUACAGCGAUGGACAGCAUCCUUACCUGGGUUGUUAGUGUCUUACAGUGGUCAGCUAUGCACUCUACUAAACUUCUGACCAUGAGGGUUCUCUCAGGAAUAUUUGAAGGUCAUUGUUAAAUUGGAAGGUGGUUGUAGACAAAGUAGCUUGGUUCUUUUUAUAGAGUCAGUGUUGUCUUGGUAAUGUAUUGUAAAAAGGGUCUGAAUCGGUCUUAGUGUACGUCCAAGUAGCAAGGAUGUCGACAAUAUUGUGGAAAAUUCUUGGUGUUGUUAUUUCUAUUUUUUUUUGUUUUUUGUUUGAGAAACAACAAUUAUACUUUAAUGUCACAAUUAUGUAGGAUGAAACAUUUCAUUCACCGAUGUCUAAUAAAUCUUUUUAUAUUGUUGAAAAAAUAUAUAUAUCAUGAUAACAAGAAAGUAUAGCAACAGUAUAAGAAAUAACACGGACCUGUUCUGUUCUUAUUUACAUUGUGCAUUUGUUUUCUCUUCGAAUUUGUUCAGAAGAAAAGUCUUGAUGAAUUUUAUUAUGUUUGCCAUAAAUAGAAAUUCCCUGACAGCCUUUGGCACAGUGUAACCAAAAGUAGCAUUCCUAGUAGCACCGACACUCGACCAAUCGGCUGACACUUGUUACAGAGGUCAAAGGUCAGGUGUAAUAUUGUUGUCAAAAAUUAAAAAAUUGUGUCACUGUUUGUGAUCAAAUAAAAUG